UAGUUUCAAAGGAAAAGAGAAAGAAGAUGCGAGCUUAGUAGAAAUUACGAGUGAUGACGGAGCGGCAAUACAAAGCACGACGAUGACUCAGAAAGAAUAUAAUGAAAUGUUGGAUAGUGCUGAUGAGGAUUGGAAAAGGAAUAAAUGUUAUAAUCAUAUGCAUAGAUUCUAUGCGAGAAAAUUUGUUUCUAAUGGGUGA